CUCAGCGGCCUUUACAACCUCAAUUUACCAUGAAAUACUUCUCUACCCGUGGAGGCGGUUCUCAGCUCUCUUUUGAAGAGACCGUAUUGACCGGCCUCGCUCCGAACGGGGGUCUCUACAUACCUGAAGACAUUCCUUCACUUCCACAAAACUGGCGAGAAGAGUGGAAGAACUACUCAUUUGCCGAUCUGUCAGUUGCAGUUCUGUCCUUGUACAUCGAGGAGGAGGAGAUCUCGCGCGAUGAGCUCAGAAGGCUGGUGGAAAAGUCGUACAGCACAUUCCGCCAUCCUGAGGUCACACCGUUGCAGAAACUCGAUGAAAAGACGUUUAUCCUGGAGCUCUUCCACGGACCUACGUUCGCGUUCAAAGACGUUGCUUUGCAAUUAUUAGGGAACCUCUUCGAGUUCUUCUUGCUCCGGAGAAAUACUCGUAAAGGACCAAACGAGGCCCCAGAGAAAUUGACCGUAGUCGGUGCGACUAGCGGAGACACAGGCAGUGCCGCCAUCUAUGGACUCAGGAACAGGGCUAAUGUCUCCAUUUUCAUCCUUCAUCCGAAGGGUCGUGUAUCUCCCAUUCAAGAAGCGCAGAUGACUACCGUCACUGACGCAAAUGUACAUAACAUCGCUGUGAAGGGAACAUUCGACGAUUGUCAGGAUAUUGUGAAAGGUCUGUUCGCCGAUCGCGAGUUCAACCGAAAGCACCGUCUCGGUGCCGUCAACUCGAUUAACUGGGCCCGCAUCCUCGCCCAGACAGUCUACUACUUCCUUGCCUACUUUCAUGCCAAAUCGCAACUCCCCCCCUCGGCCGAGCUUCAAUUCGUCGUUCCGACGGGCAAUUUCGGGGACAUCCUGGCGGGAUACUACGCGAAGCGCAUGGGUCUGCCCAUGGGCAAGCUCGUUGUUGCGACGAACUCGAACGAUAUUCUCGCGAGGUUCUGGCGGAGCGGGAAGUACGAAAAAGUCGAUUCGUCGGCGAUCGAGCGUGGGCUGGCAACUGCACCAGCAGCAGGGGCAUCAGACGGUAAACAGGCUAUCGACGGCGUCAAGGAGACAUUGAGCCCGGCCAUGGACAUCCUCGUAUCGAGCAACUUUGAGAGGCUGCUGUGGUACCUCGCUUAUGGAUCAGUUACUAAAGGAUCCGAGGGUGCGAGGAGAACAGUUGCAUGCGCGACCGUUGACGAAUGGAUGAACAAGGUCAAGAGCGACGGAAGGGUCGAGGUGCCGAUCGAUGUUCUGGAGCUGGCCAGGAAGGAUUUCAUCGCUGAGCGGAUAUCCGAUGAGCAGACGCUAGAGACCAUCAAGUCACAUCAUAGCAGCAGCCCAUCUUAUGUUGCAGACCCACAUACGGCCGUUGGUCUUUCAGCUGCAAAAAUCAUAGCUCAGCAAAACUCUUCAGACACGGUCCAGAUCGUCCUCUCCACGGCGCACCCUGCCAAAUUUUAUGAAGCAGUGACUCGCGCAUUGAACGACUCGCCCGCGUUCGAUUUCGCUCGCGAUGUCCUGCCAGAGGAGUUCAAGGGCCUGUUAGAGAAGGAAAAACGUGUCAUCGAUGUCGAGGCGCCCAAUGCUGAACUUGUGAAAAAGGUCAUAGAGGAACAUGUUGGCGUUAACAUCGUGAGUGAUGGCAGGAUCGGAGGGAGUGUGUGAGGAUAUUUUUUGUACAUAUAGCCAACGUGAUGUAUACUAUGGGAAGGCCGAUGCAGCUCCGAAUUGCAAAGCC